AUGACGAACGUAGUCAGAGGUUUCCACACACCCGUUCCUGGGUCCGCCGACGAGGACUCGGACUAUGGAUCCCAAACUCCUUCGCGUCGUCACAAGUUGCAGGAUGUGGUCAGCGCGAACAGUAGUCCCAUGAUGCGAUCAACUUCGGGCCAGGGAAUCAGCGGAAUCAGCCAGAUGCGACUGACUUUGGAGACACUGCACCUAGACAAUGGGUCGCGAAGCAAUUCUAUGGUUCGUAGCAGAAGCAAGAUGCGCCAGUCUCAACCACAGAGCAGCACAGCCACGUCGGAAGGAUUCAGCGACGAUGAAGCAUCCGAUAUUACGAGUUACGAUAUUCCCUUGGAACACGAUUUUAUUAGCGAAAGUGUGCGUGAUAAACCUCUCAUUGGAGCCGUCGAGGGUGGGCUGGUUCAAGACACCGUUGCUCGGAAGAUGACUGCAGAAGAUUUCCAACCCUUGAGAUGUCUCGGUAAGGGCACCUUUGGAACCGUUCUUCUAGUCAAGCAGCAAGCCACGGGUCGAUUAUAUGCUCAGAAACAAUUCAAGAAGGCCUCUUUGACAGUUCACAAACGACUCGUGGAGCAAACCAAGACCGAGCGAUCCAUUCUUGAGAGCGUCAAUCGACACCCAUUUGUCGUAAAAUUAUUUUAUGCUUUUCAGGACCAUGAAAAGCUCUAUCUCAUUCUCGAGUAUGCCCAAGGAGGAGAAUUGUUCACGCACUUGGCACAGGAACGUAUGUUUACGGAGGAUGUAGCAUCGUUCUACAUGGCCGAAAUGGUUCUUGCGCUUGAGCAUCUUCAUCAAAACUUGGGAGUCAUUUACCGCGACUUGAAACCCGAGAAUUGUCUUCUCGAUGCUGAAGGACAUCUUCUGCUUACAGAUUUCGGACUUUCAAAAGUUGCUGUUGACGAGAAUGAUAAAUGCAAUAGUGUUCUCGGAACAGUCGAGUACAUGGCCCCAGAAGUCACCCAAGGACACAAAUACGGCAUGGCAGUAGACUGGUGGUCUUUUGGGGCCUUGGGAUUUGAUCUUCUCACCGGAUCCCCUCCUUUCACGGGACAAAACCAUGCCAAGAUUCAGGAACAAAUUGUCAAGAAAAAGUUGGCAAUGCCAUAUUAUAUGGGCAAAGAUGCCAAAGAUCUUCUCACCCGUCUUCUGCGUAAAGACCCUAACAAGCGUCUCGGGGCCUGCAUGCCAAAAGACCUACUGACAAUUAAGAAACAUCGAUUCUUUCGUAAGAUCGAUUGGAAGGCUCUUGCUCGUCGCGAAGUUGAGGCUCCUAUCCAACCACUGAUCACCGAUCCUGAACUUGCCGAGAACUUUGCUACAGAGUUCACAGAUUUGGCUUUGAGUCCUGUGUUGACUAGUACCCGACCUCCAUGGAGUUCUACAACGGCGGGUCAUGAAGAUCCAUUUGGAGGCUUUAGCUAUGUGGCUAGUCAAAGUCUUUUGGAUUCCAAUGGUUUUGUGAGCAUGAUGAAUCAUAUGCAGGAUGGUAAUGGGGUUGUUGCGGUUUAA